GCGCGGAGGUCCUAGGUCGGGACCCCGCCUCAGAAGAGUGGAAGCCAGGGGGCCAUCCUUUCGGCCCCUUUCUUCUCCGUCCAGUGUCGGCAAGGGCUUGUCGUCGGCUUCCGUAUCCAGGAUGAAGAACUAUAAAGCAAUUGUCAAAAUAGGAGAGGGAACGUUUUCUGAAGUUAUGAAGAUGCAGAGCCUGAGGGACGGAAGCUACUACGCGUGCAAGCAGAUGAAGCAGCACUUUGAAAGUAUUGAGCAAGUGAACAGUCUGCGGGAGGUACAAGCACUGAGGCGCCUGAAUCCACACCCUAACAUUCUUAUGUUGCAUGAAGUGGUUUUUGACAGAAAAUCUGGUUCUCUUGCACUAAUAUGUGAACUUAUGGACAUGAAUAUUUAUGAGCUAAUACGAGGGAGAAGACACCCAUUGUCAGAAAAAAAGAUUAUGCACUAUAUGUACCAGUUAUGUAAAUCCCUUGAUCAUAUGCACAGAAGUGGAAUAUUUCACAGAGAUGUAAAGCCAGAAAAUAUAUUAAUAAAGCAGGAUGUCCUGAAGUUAGGGGACUUCGGAUCCUGCCGGAGCGUCUAUUCCAAGUAACCCUACACAGAGUACAUUUCUACCCGCUGGUACCGUGCCCCAGAGUGUCUCCUCACCGACGGCUUCUACACCUACAAAAUGGACCUGUGGAGCGCUGGCUGCGUGUUCUACGAGAUCGCCAGUCUGCAGCCCCUCUUCCCCAGAGCCAACGAGCUGGACCAGAUCUCAAAAAUCCACGACGUCAUCGGCACCCCUGCCGAGAAGACCCUCACCAAGUUCAAACAGUCGAGAGCUAUGAGUUUUGAUUUUCCUUUUAAAAAGGGAUCAGGAAUACCUCAACUGACAGCCAGCCUGUCCUCGCGGUGCCUCUCCCUGCACGCAAUGGCGGCCUAUGACGCCGACGACAGAACCACUGCCCGCCAGGCCCUGCAGCACCCGUGCUUCCAAGAGCAGAGGGCGGCUGAGAAACAGGCUCUGGCCAGCCUCAGGAAAGCCUUCUUUCCAGAGCACCCUGUGGCAUCGGAACUUCUCAGUAACAGUUGGCACACUUCAAAGGAGGACAGAAAGCAGAAACAGUCCCUAAAGCCAGAGGAGGACCAUCCCAAGAGACCAGGACCGGCCUACCUAAUGGAACUGCCCAGACUGAAGCUUUCGGGAGUGACCAAACUGCCCUUGUACUCCAGCCCCGCACUGCACUCCGUGUUCGGCCCGGGGGCCGACAGGAAAGCGCCGGUGCUGAGGCCCCCCAAGUGUGUUGGCGCCAACCAGAAGACGGAUGCGCAGAAGGACAGUAAGCCCAGCCUGAAGCAGUGUCCCCUGCCCACGAUCGAAAGGAAGGGCGGAGGCUACCGAGCCGCGCACGCCGGCUCCCCUGCCGGGAGCACGAGACCAGGCGCGGCCAGGCCGGGCCCUGCGGAUCGCCACCGAGCCUCGGAUGGAGGGCUCUGGGAGAGGCCUGGCGUGUCCCCCUCGCAGAGCCCCGAGACCACUGCCCCGCAGGCCAGCCAGCGCCCACCUGGCCUGGAGCCCCCAGCCUGCAGCGCCUGGCAUCCUGAGAGCACAGGUCUUGUGAGCAUAUUUGGGGAAUUUAUUUUGUUGGGAAGUCUUUGGUACAGCUUAAUUUUGUGGCACGUGAAAAGCCAGUAAGAACUAAACAGAGGCUCGGCCAGGGUGCUCUGUGGCCUCGGUACCCUGGGGAGCUGCAGCCGGACGAGGCUGCCAAGUGUGAGGCACGUCAGAGCGCCAGGCUUCCCCGUGGCCGCCGGCCACCUCGCCUUAGCUCCGGAGGCCCAGCUUCGCCUGUGAGUAGAGAUGCUGCUUCCUGACGGCGCUUUUGGCCCUCCCGCUGGGCAGAUGCCAGACCCUCCUGAGCCCGUUUUUGUCUUGGGAUGUAGCGUAAUGACCCCUUCUUGUCCUCGCCUUCACAAACUUACAACAUUAAGAAAAAGCAAAUUUCCCAGAAAAAGGAGCCCGCCCUGCCCCGGAGGGUCACAAGACGAACGCUGGACUCCGUUUUCAAAGGCGGCCUCUGCUGACCUGCCCCGCCCCAAAAGAAGGAUUUAAAAACGGGAACCGCCUCUUUGGGUGAAUGGCAGAGCGCGCCCUCUCGAGCGGGCCCCGUGGGUCCUCGCACGCGACUCCGGGUGACAGCUGCCUCUGCGAGGGUCCGAGCUCCU